AUGGCACAACUAGUGGCACAUAUUUGGCUGUUCGCGCUAUGCAGCAAUGUGGCAGAGACAACUCUUAUAAACUCUCAGAUGAAGUACGAGCUAAAACUGCUUUGCAUCCUGAAUGAUUUCUACGUAGAUGACUACCUUAAGAGUACACCUUCUAUUGGCAUGGCCGAUGUCUCAUCUGUUUUGGCAGACGGUCAGUUCCAUCUCAGGAAAUGGAAAUCGAAUAGCGCUGAAGUCUUGGCACAUCUUCUUGGCGAUGCUGAUCCAUGUCAGCUUAAUCCGCACUUGGCAGAAACUACUGUUCUUGGCUUACACUGGGAUCCACUCACUGAUGAACUCUUCUAUCAGGUCAGCUCUUAUGAUGCACAACAUCUUACGAAAAGGCAAGUGCUUAGCGAUGCAGCAAAAUUAUAUGAUCCAAUUGGCAUGUUGGCACCAGUCAUCAUUACGGCUAAACUUUUCAUACAGAAACUCUGGCAGGCAAAAUUGGCAUGGGACGACCCACUACCACUUGAACUGUUGCAAGAAUGGCUCAUAUACCGAAGGCAGUUGUCCCAACUGGAGGCAGUACGAAUACCGCGUUGGAUAGGCAUGCAACCCGGAUAUCAAAUACAACUUCAUGGCUUCUGCGAUGCUAGUGUUAAGGCAAUGGCUGCAGCACUCUAUUUGGCAACAAACCACAAUGGCAGUAUCACUAGUCACAUUAUCGCAUCAAAAACUAAAGUGGCACCAUUACAUUCGGUAACAGUACCCCGAUUGGAACUUUGUGCUGCGCAAUUGUUGGCUACUCUUUUACACGAAACAAGGCAGGCUUUGCAUUUGGAGCACGUACCAUACACUCUAUACUCCGACUCAAAUAUUGCUCUGUGUUGGCUACGCAAAAACCCAUCACAAUUAAAGCAGUACGUUGCUAAUCGCGUUGGCUGUAUUCAAUCGAUGACAGAUAUCAGGCAUUGGCAUCACAUUCCUACCAAACUUAACCCAGCUGAUUGCGCCAGUCGUGGCAUAUCCCCUUUGGCGUUGCAAAACUACGCAUUAUGGUGGCACGGUCCUAAUUCAACUGAUUAUUCAAUCAAUGAGCUGCACCACUGUGCACCAGCAGAGCUGGCAAUAAUGGAAGGCGAGUUAAAACCAGUGAAGGUAAAGGCAUUGCAGGUAAUAGGCCAACCCGCAUUACAGACACACUACACUGCUGGCGACGAAUUGGUCGUCAUAGAUCUGUUGGACCGGUUCAGUCAUCUUGGCAAGCUAUUGCGCACUACUGCAUACAUAUUGCGUUGCAAAAAGGCACAUCAUCGUUUUCGUUCGCAUACACACAUCUGUACAGGCGAAAUGGACAUUGCUUUAAAUCACCACAUCAAGGCAGAACAGGCGAAAUAUUUCGCAGCGGAAAUCAAGCAGCUGAAAAAGGCACAGCCCAUAUCCACAUCCAGCAAGCUCAUUGCACUAAGUCCAUUCAUCAGCUCCACAGCGGACAAUAUAUUGCGAGUAGGCGGACGCCUACACAAUGCGAGGGUGGCAGAGCCACAGCGUCAUCCAAUCAUUCUUCCAAAGGAUAGCACAUUGGCCAGGCUUUUAAUAUGGCAGGUGCAUCAGGACACACUUCAUGGCGGUAUACAAAUCAUGCUUCAUACGAUUCGACACAAAUACUGGAUCCUACAGGCACGCAUUUUGGUUAAGCAAUGCAUACACUCAUGCGCGAUUUGCAGGCGGCAUAAACACAUAAUGCUAAAACAACGUAUGGCGACAUUACCAAAGGCUCGGGUCACCCCAUCUCCACCAUUUGCUAGAUCUGGCUUAGACUAUUGCGGUCCAUUCAACAUACGCAUUGGCUCCAAGGCUGUACGAACCGUGCGGAAGGCUUACGUGGCAAUCUUUGUGUGCAUGGCAACCAAGGCAGUGCACAUCGAACUGGCUGAAGAUCUCACUUCUGAGGCUUUCAUAAAUGCAUACACCCGUUUCGUAAACCGGCGUGGUCCAUGUAAUCAUUUAUACAGUGACAAUGGCACUACAUUCAUUGGCGCAGAUCGCUUAAUGGCCGCUGACUUACAGGCUUGGCAUAAUGAAUAUUCUCAACAGCAAUUGGCGAAUCGAGGCACAAAAUGGCAUUUUCUACCACCUGGCGCACCUCAUCAAGGCGGUCUAUGGGAAGCUGCCGUUAAGUCAGCGAAGAAGCACUUACUACGCAUUGUUGGCAUCCAUUCCAUUUACUAUGAUCAGCUACAUACUCUACUUGUACAUAUCGAGGCUUGCUUGAAUUCACGUCCACUUAUACCAUUGCAUGACACUUGUGACGACAAGAUGGCUCUAUCACCUGCAGAUUUCCUGAUUGGCAGAUCUCUAUUGGCAGUACCAGACGCACCUAUUGGCAAGGUACCUAGCAACAAAUUAUCAUACUGGCGACAAUUAAGGCAAAUGCAACAGCAUUUUUGGCGACAAUGGCAUGAUGAAUAUCUUUCAACUUUGCAACCACGCUCCAAAUGGCACCAGAAUGGCGACAACAUUAACAUAGGCGAUGUCGUGGUAAUCCGGCACGAGAAUCUACCAGCCACACAUUGGCGGCUUGGUAGGGUGAUAAAACUUCACCCAGGCGAAGAUGGUUUGGUCCGAGUAGUCACGAUCAAGCAUUCAGCAGGCGAAUGCAUGCGACCUAUCCAAAAAAUAUGCAGGCUUGUGGAGCAUCCUGAACGUACCCGUCCAGCCGGGGAGGAUGUUUGA